AUGGAACAAGAUCGAAAAAAGUCCAAUGAUGUCUCAUUUGAGAGUAAAGCAGGUGAUAUUAUUAUUGCUAAUAGCGACACUAAUCAACCUGACCAGGUCGAUGGUAAUCCUAUUCCAGUCAGACAACCGCUCUCAAAUCGUACGUCACAUGACGAACACGUCACUUUAUCUAAAAAAUUAUCAUUAUUUUUGAUGCUCACACUCCGCUCCUUAGGAAUUGUUUUUGGUGACAUCGGUACAUCACCAUUAUAUGUCGUAAGUACCAUUUUUGAUACCCCACCGAGUGAAGAUCAGUGUAUUGGUGCCAUCUCACUGAUCAUAUGGAAUUUGAUCGUUGUUGUGUCGGUUAAGUAUGCAAUAUUUAUUUUGAUGGCUGAUAAUCAAGGUGAAGGUGGAACUUUUGCAUUGUGUGGCCUGCUUACAGGUGAGCGAAGCAGAUUAGGACAAAAAGCAAAAAAAGUUGUUAUUAUUGUUUCAAUUGUUGCUGCAUCAUUAAUCAUUGGUGACGGCUGUCUUACACCAGCUGUUAGUGUUUUAUCGGCUAUAGAAGGGUUAGUGUUAGAUGCAUUACGUCUAGCAAAAUAUACUGUACCCAUCACAGUUGUGAUUGUUUUUCUACUGUUCAUGGCACAACGAUGGGGCACUGCAAAGAUCGGAAUCGCCUUUGGACCUGUCAUGACUGUUUGGUUUUUAGUUAUAUUCAUGAUUGGUGUAUGGCGCGUGUCAGCUAAGCCAGUUAUUCUACGCGCUUUUAAUCCGUGGGAGGCUUUACAUCAUUUAAUACGUGAGAAAAAAUCAGGCUUCUAUCAAAUUGGCGGUGUCUUUUUAUCAGCAACUGGUCUGGAAGCCAUGUAUGCCGAUAUGGGACAUUUCGGAAAAUGGCCUAUUCGAUUUGCGUGGAUAGCUGUUGUUUUCCCUGCAGUUCUACUCAAUUAUCUGGGACAAGGUGCUUUGCUUAUUGUUCAUCCAGAAUAUGUUAAUAAUCCAUUCUACCAUGCAGUACCACCAUGGUCACAUUGGCCGAUGGUUGUUCUUUCAACAGUGGCAACAAUUAUAGCAUCACAAGCUAUCAUCUCUGGCUCGUUCUCUUUAGUUAGUCAAGCUGUCGCUAUGGGUUUUUGUGUCCCGAUGAAUAUUAUACAUACAUCAAAAACAAUGGUUGGACAAAUUUAUGUACCAUCAAUCAAUUACAUUCUUAUGAUACUGACAAUCAUUGUGACAGUUGGUUUCCGAACAUCAGCCCGAAUAACCAAUGCCUAUGGUGUUACAGUUUGUUCAGUGAUGAUUAUCACCACUGUCUUGUUUAUUUGUGUCUUAAAAUGGACAUGGCAAAAAUCGAUAUGGUUUAUUUUACCAUUUAGUUUAUUUCUUAUUAUUGAUUUAUACACAUGGGCAGCAUUGAGCCUUAAAAUUCCAACUGGCGGUUGGGUAGCUAUUUUGAUAGCUGUUCUUUUUUCUCUUCUAGGUUUCUGUUGGUAUUACGGUCAACUGCGUCUAAGACAUUUUCUGCAUCAUCAUUCACAAACAACUUUGCUCAAUGAUUUACCAAUGAGAUUAGGUUUAAACAUACAACGACAAAAUUCCAUAUGUAUUAGUCCAGAUGCUUCAGUAUCACAAACGAACACAUUCGAUGACCAGCAUGAACAAAUUGUUUUACAUUCAUCAUCUGAUUCGGAUAAUGAUGAACACGAACAAUCUAUUAAGCGGUCGCAGUCACGUAUAGCUCUAGUUCAAAAUGUACCCAUUAUAUCAAAAAGCAAUAAAGACGGAACUCUAAUCACUAUGAACAAAAUAGAACAGAAUGCUCUUGCGGUGAGCAUUACCCCCGGCAUUGGAUGUUUCAUCACACAUAAUAAUAAGCGAACACCGUACGUCUUCGAAAAUUUUAUUGAAUUAAUGCAUAGUAUACCUCAAGUAAUUAUAUUUUUGCAAAUUCAAUAUGCUCGUAUUCCUGUUGUUAGUAUACAACAACGUCUACUUGUUAAAUUGUAUGGCGAAUCUAUUUAUCACAUAACGGCAAGAUUUGGCUAUUCAGAAAAUGAUAAAAAUUUAUAUGACGAUGUUCUAAUACUAGCACGAAAUUUGUAUCAAAUUCCAAUAUCAGAUGAUGAAAUGAAAGUAACAUUUUUCAUCUCAAAUCAAACUGUGAAUGUAUCUACAAAAGGAUGGAAGUCAUGGAUACGCCGAUGGCCAUUAUAUUUGUACUCAGUAUUAAAAGCAUUAUAUCCAGGCGAAGCUAUAAAUAUUCAAUUACCACUUGAAAAUACUGUCUAUAUUGGAACUUUAAGCGAAUUAUAA